AUGCCCAAUGAGACGCUUCAGAACAGCAGCGGGAUGGAGGAAGCAGUGCAGAGGGAGAACAAGGCUGGACCACGCAGCCCGCACCGAGGCUCCCUGCGGAGAGCUGUGGCUACGGCAGUGACCUUUGAUGGAGAAGCCACUAUGGACAGAAGGAAAAAGAAAAAGAAAGAGUCCCGUCCCGAGUCUAUUAUAGUUUAUCGGUCGGAGAAUGAAAAUAAGGUGGAGGAGGAGCAGGCGGAUGAGGAAGGAAGGGAGAGAAGUUCAGAAGAAGGCUCCAAGUUCUUGGGAAAUUCCGUGGCAGAUGGUGGCUGGAGCAUGCCCUUAGACAGCCGAUAUGUUACUUUAACUGGAACUAUCACAAGGGGGAAGAAGAAGGGCCAGAUGGUGGACAUCCAUGUUACGCUAACAGACAAAGAACUACAGGAGCUGGCUAAAUCCAAGGAGCCUCCAAAAGAUGAGACACCGGAAGGGAAGAAGACUUGCGACGUUGGAUUGGACAGGGGCCCCCAUAUCCUGCUCUGGAGCAUCAUCUGCCUUCCUGUCAUCUUUGUAGUGUCCUUUGUGGUUUCCUUUUACUACGGAACCAUCACUUGGUACAACAUCUUCUUGGUGUACAAUGAAGAGAGGACCUUCUGGCACAAGAUCACCUUCUGCCCCUUACUCAUUAUCUUCUAUCCUGUCAUAAUCAUGGUCAUGGCUUUCUUCCUAGGCUUAUAUACGGCGGUUACCCAGAUUGCGUGGUCCUUCGGUGGCUGGUGGCAUGCUGUGAGAGAUAUGGAGAAGGGAUUCUGUGGCUGGUUGUGUAGCAAGCUGGGCCUAGAAGACUGUUCCCCAUACAGCAUUGUUGAGCUGCUAGAUUCUGACAAUAUCUCAGGUAGUCUGUCUGGCAAAAGCUCUGCACAGGGCGUUGAGACUUCAACAGUCUGA